GUUGGAUUUAAGUUGUUGAAAACUUGGCAACCCUAAAAUCAUAUAUCCCUCCCUCCAUACUACAAACCCCUGGGUUUAGGUUGUUUGCAUCGCUACUGCUGGUUGGAGGAAUGGGUCGGAAACAACACGAAAUCGAGAACCAGGAUACGAAGUCUAAGAAGAAGCACAAGAGAAAGCCUGAACAUCAUGAGGUCGAGCCAUCCCCAGUUCCCGAGCCAGAAACAGUAAGAGAGUCAAAUAAAGAGAAGAAAAAGAAGAGGAAAAACAAGCACAAAUCUGAUGGAGAGGCCGAAAAUCAUGAUCAGGAGCUCGGAAGUCUUAACGGGUCGGCAGAUAAACCGAAUGAAACGAAAGUCCAGGAAGGACAAGAAGGAACAGAGCUUUCGAACAAUGGGACGGUUGAGGUCGAAUUAGGCAGUGAGGGAGUUUUCGUUUCUGGGAAAGACGUGCAGGAUUUGAAGUUUAAGGCUUUGGAGAAGUUUUCAGACUCCGGGCUUCCUGAUAAAGUGUUGGAGUGCUGCAAAGGUUUUGUUAAGCCAUCUCCAAUUCAGUCACAUUCAUGGCCAUUUCUUCUGAAUGGUCGUGAUUUUAUUGGGAUUGCCAAAACAGGGUCAGGUAAGACAUUGGCAUUUGGCAUCCCAGCUAUAAUGCACAUUAUGAGCAAACGAAAGGGAAAAAAACCAAAAAAUCCGCUAUGCCUUGUGCUUUCACCCACUAGAGAGCUUGCUCAGCAAAUUUCGGAUGUUCUAUGUGAUGCUGGAAAGCCUACUGGAACUGAAUCAGUUUGUGUUUAUGGAGGAACAUCCAAAGGACCCCAAAUAUCUGCUCUGAAAUCUGGAGUGGACAUGGUAAUUGGUACUCCUGGUCGCCUGAAGGAUUUGAUUGAAAUGGGCUUCUGCCACUUAAACGAAGUGUCUUUUGUUGUUCUUGAUGAAGCUGAUCGGAUGCUUGAUAUGGGAUUUGAACCAGAGGUUCGCUCUAUAUUGAGCCAGACAUGUUCUGCUCGCCAAAUGGUUAUGUUCAGUGCCACAUGGCCCCCGCCAGUUCAUCAAUUAGCUCAAGAGUUCAUGGACCCAAACCCCGUAAAGGUAGUUGUAGGAUCUGAAGAUUUAGCGGCCAACCAUGAUGUCAUGCAAAUAGUGGAGGUUUUAGAGGAUAGAGAACGUGACGAAAGACUGCAAAAUCUGUUAGAAAAGUAUCACAAGAGUAGAAGGAAUAGAGUAUUGGUUUUUGUAUUAUACAAGAAGGAAGCAUCACGUGUUGAAACCAUGCUACAGAGGAGGGGUUGGAAAGCAGUUUCUAUAAGUGGUGACAAGGCACAACGUGCACGCACAGAGGCUUUAGCACAAUUUAAGGAUGGAAGCUGUCCCUUGUUGAUAGCCACAGAUGUAGCAGCUCGAGGACUGGAUAUUCCUGAUGUUGAAGUUGUGAUUAAUUAUAGUUUUCCUCUGACAACAGAGGACUAUGUGCACAGAAUAGGAAGGACUGGAAGAGCUGGUAAAAAAGGUGUAGCUCAUACAUUCUUCACCAAAGAAAACAAGGGACUCUCAGGGGAAUUAAUUAAUGUUCUUAAAGAAGCAGGACAAGUUGUACCAUCUGACCUAAUGAAAUUUGGUACCCAUGUGAAGAAAAAGGAGUCAAAGCUUUAUGGUGCCCAUUUCAGAGAGAUAAAUCCUAACGCUGCAAAAUCUACCAAGAUAAAAUUCGACAACUCCGACGAUGAAGAUUAAUUUUGAUGCAAAAGUGAUAAGACAUAAAUUUCGACAAUUAUUGUGAUUAAGAUUGAUUGGCUUUGAGAUAUUACCUUCACUCCAAGGAGCAUAUUGAAAAGAUGAAUGUUAGUGGUAGAAGAAAGUCAAGAAACUCAGUUAUCCACACCAAACAUAACAGUAUUUGUACCAUUAGUUAUUCUUUCCUUCCACCCGCAAGUUUUUUACUACACACUUUGUCCGUUUGUUCCUGUCCUUAUUUAAGUUAUUUUUGUCUCUAUUACAUUCCGUUUCUAUUAUUACAACUAUUGUAAAACUGCUUCACAAAAUUUUGUUAUUUAUUGUAUUUCACUCCUUGUAGGUUCGUAUAUUAUUUUUUAGGGUAAUGUUAUACAAUUUGAGUAUGUACCUGAAUUUUAUUAUUUUAA